AUGGCUACAACAGAUGAUGGUACUAUAUGGGGUAUCUUUUGGGUUGAUGGGGCGGCGAGGGCUGCAUAUCAUGUAUUUGGGGAUGUAGUGGUAUUUGAUACAACAUACAAGAAGAAUCGAUAUCACUUCCCGUUUGGUCCCUUUACCGGAGUAAAUCAUCAUGGUCAAAGUAUUUUGUUUGGAUGUGGGUUGGUAGCUGAUGAGACAAUUGAGUCGUUUAUUUGGUUAUUCUCUACGUGGUUGAAAGCAAUGGAGGAUCGACCACCAGUUGCAAUUAUUACAGACCAAUGUCCAUCAUUGUUGAGGGCCAUUCCACAUGUGUUUCCUAGGGCAAAGCAUAGGUAUUGCUCUUGGCAUGUGCAAAAACAUUGCAUGGAACACUUGAGCCAUUUGUAUGGGACGAGUCAGUCAUUCAAACAGAAUUUUGGGAGGUGUAUAUACGGUAGUAAGACGGAGAUUGAAUUUGAGACACGUUGGCAAGAGUUAUUAGUAAAUUAUAAUCUCGUUGAACAUGCGUGGCUGAAGAAAAUGUACGAGCAACGGGUGCAUUGGGUACCACUAUAUCUAAGAGGUACUUUCUUUGCCGGCAUGUCAUCUACACAAAGAAGCGAGGGGAUGAGCUAUUACUUUCGCGGUUACUUUAAGCAAUCAAUCCCAUUGUACAAGUUUGCACGACAAUACGAAAGGGCUGUAGAGAGACGUCGGGAGAGGGAAGCUAGUAGUAAUUUUGCUUCACUAGGAUUGACAGCCUCGUUAAUGGAAGUACAUGGUCAAAAGCAAAAAUAUUUGGUGGGUCCCUUUGAUGUUCCCGAAGAGUAUAAGUGUGAAGUUUGGUAUGACCUUGAUGCCGGUGUUGUCACUUGUAGCUGUAAAUUGUUUGAGUUUAUGGGUUUGUUAUGCAAACACAUCUUGCGAGUCUUCCAUAAGACGGACCUCAAGGAGAUACCUUCCCAAUAUCUCCUAAAACGGUGGACCAUGGAUGCAAGGCAUUAUUUGUCGAGUCACAAAGAAGUAAGUGAUGGAGGUUUUGGAUCAGUAACAAGUAUGUGGGCUUUCCAAGAUGCCGUUAGGCGUUUGAUAGCCACAAUCAGUGGUUCACAAGAGGCAUGUGAUUCUGCUACGGUUGCAUGGGGGAUUGUGAAUCAGAAAAUCUUACAAGCAAUGGGUGAAUCCAAUUCACAAACUUUUGGUGUUGACCCACAACCCUCUGCCAAUGCUACACAUGACCUUUAUCGUAAUCUCCAUAUUCCUAUGGAUGUGGUUACAAAGGGUCGGCCUAAUGAAAGUCGUAGUAAACAUCCAAUGGAGAUGACAAGUGGAAGGAAGAAUAGAUGUGGCAACUGUAAGGAGUUAGGGCAUAACAAGUCCACUUGUAAGAAGGUAGUAUCAGCAUCGGCAAAUGAUUUCAAUGGCCAGUGCAAUGAAGAAUAG